AUGCMUGCUGUGUGGGACGACGCCAUGACCAAGCAGCUCUUGUUAGCUGUGGUCCACCUCUCGCCUCCAUCGGCCCCAGACUGGGAGAAAGUCGCCGCCAUCGUCGGCGGCACGACCAACGGAAACGGCUGCAAGCAAUUCUACGGCAAGCUCAAGCGCAACUGCAAGGAGGACUUCGACAAGCUGUGCGGCGGUUCCGGAAGCGACGCCACUCCAGCUGCUGCUGCUGCUGGCGCUCCAAAGACUCCAAACAAGCGCACUCCUGGAAAGAAGGCUGCUGGCGAGAGCGCCAAGACGAGCAAGCGCAAGGUGGACAAGACUGUCGUCGAGGAGACGGAUGGUGACGACGAUGAGUCACCAGCUAAGAAGGUCAAGGAGGAUCCUGAUGCUCUCGUCUAA